ACCGUACACAAUCAAAUCCGAACCAACCGGAACCGGAGGUACAUCAUGUAGCCUAGGCUAGGCUGUACUAUGCUGGGUGCUUGCAAAAUUGAUUGAAUGUUAGCCUGUUGUGUACUCUUUCAGAAACUUCAUAUUAUAAUGAAUUAAUUGAAGUAUCGCCAGAAUAGUAAACAGACUGCAACAGUUUGAUAAAUAUGGCAAAACAACAGUCUGCAACAUCAAAUAUUAUGUCACUGCUUCAGGAAUGGGAUAAAGGUUCAAAGUCAGUACGAGCUAAGAUUUUAGCAAAUUUCAUCGCAAACAACCAGAAUAAGACUGGUCCUGAGUUAGAGGCUGAGUUUGCACAGGCUGCAAGCUUGUUUUUCACGCGGUUGACAGCAUGGCUUCGUUUAACCUAUAUGAUAGGAACAUGUCUUAAGCUACAACUACAAGCAAUCACCAUAUUUGUAUCUUCAUCAAGUGGGCACAAAUUCCUGUCUGAAUUCAUGGAAGUUGGUGGUGUGUUAACCUCACUUGAGAUUCUUGGCCUGAGGGAAGGAAAAGAUGAAGAUAAGGCUCAGGCAUUGCAGCUACUUAUGAGCAUUGCAAGUGCUGGCCGUAACUAUAAAGAGUUAAUAUGUGAAAGCUAUGGCAUAAUGGCAGUUGCUGAAUGCUUGGCUAGGUCCAAAUCUGAAGAGACCCAAGAUGCAGCAAGGAUGCUUCUUCAGGUGCUUGCUGAGGGAAACCCUAAGUUCCAGGUUCAAGUCUACAAAGGCUUGAUUGCAUUGUUGUCAAGUUCUUCGCCUAAAGCACAGCAAAUGGCAACACAGACACUACGCAUUGUACAGAGAAUUGUGGGACAUGCAAAUCCAUCGAUUGUUGAACCUGUGGUAGCAUUGCUGAAAAGUUAUCACCUAGAAGUUCAGUACGAAGCUAUUGAAUUGAUCAAGGAUCUAAUGGAGUACGAAGUUCAAGAGUCACUAUUGAGGAGCUUAGUGUCAUCAUUAGUCCCAACAAAAGAUGAGAUAAAGAAACAACCAGAAAUUUUAGACGAUCCGAGUGUACCAGAGUUAAAGCGCCCUCUACCUGUUUUUGUCCAGCAAGCUGCUGCUGCCAAGGUUAUUGGAAUUUUAUCUCACCAAUCAAACCACUUGUGCGAACGUUUGAUACAGCUCCGUUGCGUCAGCAAUCUGAUGGUUGCCAUGGGCAACGAAGAUCAUGCCGACAGUCAAAGACAAGCUAGUAUCACUUUAGAGUAUCUUGUUCGAACAUUUCCAAUUGUUGAUGAGAAUGUUAAUGAGGCGAUGGGUGAUAAUCUCUAUCAAUUGUUUUUGAACAACCCUGACAGUUUAUACAUGACCAUGAAUGCCGUACAAGCUGAUGUUUUACGGUCAAACAAAGUCAACAUUCCCGGAAUUGUUGAUGCAUUGGAUUGAUUUAUCAAGAGAAUCCAGGUUUAUUAUUUAUUCGUAUAUCCGCAAAAACUGGAAGAGAAACCUAGUGAUGUACUGUAAAUAUAUUUAGCUAAAGGAGUUAGGUUUUUAAACAAACCGAUUUGAACACAAGACUUAAUAUAAAGAGGUUUAUUGGUAAAUAAUUCUCAUUGUACAUAUACAGCAAGAAACCUGGUGGUGUGGAAUCCUAGUUGAGAUGAUAUUUUCACUUGCAGAUUCCUCUUUAUUAUAAGCAAUAUAUGAUUUGUUCUGUGCAUAUGUUUAAAAUAUCCAUGCUAUUUAUCC